GUAAACACAAUUUUUCACAUUAUUUUAAAGUUUUAAAUUCUAAAUUUGAUUCCUUUAUUCUUUUCCCUACUUGCCCAGGAUAGAAGCAACGUGAUAAACGUUGUAAAAUAUUUCCAUAGCAGUCAUUUUAUUUUUUUAAUCAAUUUCUAGAGAAAGCAGGCAAAGUGGAAGUGACGUAACCAAAAUGUCGGAGUCGACGUCAGUGGCGGCGGAAGUGGGCGGUAACGACGACUGCGGCGGAAGUGGGCGGUGAAGAUGGCUGCAGCGGAAGUGGGCGGUGGCGUCUCAGGCAGUGUCUGUUUGUCUUGGGUGUGUAGGCGGCGUUAGUUUGGGGUAGGGGUGAGGGCUGCUAGCCGGUACCCCGCACCGGGGACCCCCAGGAUGCUCGGGGCAGACUGAGUUGGGUCCUGGCCAGCGGCUGGGCAGGGGACGAUCUAGCGUAUGAGCGGGGCUGCGGCACGUAGGCUGGGGGCGUCUCUGCCGCAGCGCACGGGCCUCCAUCUUGGCGUUAGCUCCUAUCCAGGCCCCACCGGGCCCCCAUCCUCCGCCGCUUCUGCUGACCCUGAUAUGGCCUGGGUGCUGAAGAUGGACAAGGCAGUGGAAACAGGCCUGGUCCACGACUUCGACGCCAGCUUGUCGGGCAUUGGGCAAGAGCUGGGCGCGGGCGCCUACAGCAUGAGUGACGUCUUGGCCCUACCCAUUUUCAAGGAGGAAGAUUCUGGCCUUCCAUUGGACGAUGACGCCAAACAGCCGCCCUUUCAGUACAUCUUGUAUGCUGCGACGUCCCCUGCGGUCAAAUUACAUGAUGAAAGCCUCACUUACUUGAACCAAGGUCAGUCCUAUGAAAUCCGGAUGCUGGACAACCGGAAAGUGGGUGAUUUGCCUGAGAUCAAUGGGAAGCUGGUGAAGAGCAUUAUCAGAGUUGUGUUCCAUGACCGAAGGCUCCAGUAUACAGAGCACCAACAGCUGGAAGGCUGGAAAUGGAAUCGCCCUGGGGACCGGUUGCUUGAUCUAGAUAUUCCAAUGUCUGUUGGUGUUAUUGACCUGAGAACAAACCCAGGCCAGCUGAAUGCAGUUGAGUUUCUCUGGGAUCCUGCAAAGCGUACAUCUGUGUUUAUUCAGGUACAUUGCAUCAGCACGGAGUUCACUGCACGGAAGCAUGGCGGUGAGAAGGGGGUUUCUUUCAGAGUCCAAGUUGAUACAUUUAAACAGAAUGAAAACGGUGACUACACUGAUCACCUGCACUCAGCAAGCUGCCAGAUCAAAGUUUUUAAGCCUAAAGGAGCAGAUAGAAAACAGAAAACUGACCGAGAAAAGAUGGAGAAGAGGACAGCUCAGGAGAAAGAAAAAUACCAGCCUUCAUAUGAGACUACAGUCCUCAGUGAGUGCUCCCCAUGGCCUGUUGCAAGUGGAACUUAUGGAAGUGAUAGCCCUGCUCCUGCUCCCACUUUCACUUCUGCUCAGCACUCUACCUUCAGCGUCCCUGAGAGCAGUUCUACCUCCCCAAAUCAUCAAGGAGAGGGAGUUCCCCAAAGCUCCAGUGAACGAAUUUAUCCAACAGCCACCAUCCAGGAAGUUCAGCAGUGGCUGGCCAGGAACAGGUUCUCCAGCUAUGCGAGGCUCUUCACCAAUUUCUCAGGCGCAGAUUUAUUCAAGUUGACAAGAGAGGAUCUCAUACAAAUCUGUGGUGCAGCUGAAGGCAUUCGUCUCUAUAAUUCACUGAAGUCAAGGACUAUUAGACCUCGUCUCACCAUCUACGCCUGCCAGGAGCAGCCCAGGACCAGACUGAUGGUAAGGCAACCAAAUACAGGCCAAGGAGAACAAAACAGUAGUGCAAUAUUUGUUUAUCAUGCGAUCUACCUGGAAGAAGUGGCAGCUUCAGAAGUCACUCGGAAACUGGCUUCAAUAUUUAAUAUUCCUCUGCACCAGAUCAACCAAGUUUACAGACAGGGUCCCACUGGGAUUUACAUUCUCCUUAGUGACCAGGUGGUUCAAAAUUUUCAAGAUGAGAGUUCUUUCUUAUUCGCCACUCUAAAAGCAGAAAAUGGCGAAGGGCUCCAUAUCCUUUUGAAAUGAAACUAAGUAUGUGCUGGCCUUGCUUCAGUACACAUUGAAGCCUCACUUCAUCUUCUAUGUAUAUAGACUGGACCUAAGUGACACUAGGAUUGGACUUUACCACUUAUAAAUGUUUCAUAUUGAUAGUGCUAGUUGUCCUUUGUGAACUUCUGCCUGAGAGGCAGACUUGCUUCUUGUCACUGCCAUUAUAAGCCUUCCUGGGAGGCACAGUGUCCCAAGCCAUGGGGAAGUGCAGAAAUAAAAAUGGACCACCACUGGACUGCUCACCAUCGACUGGACCUGGGAGCCACUUCACUCUCCAUGACACUGUGUCCAGUUUGGAAAUGAAUGUAGUCCCUCCGUGCCAGUUUAUUUGUCCCUACUUGUGUCCUCCAGUGAUGGGGAGGCCUGGAGGCGGAUGCCUGGAAAUCUGUCUAGAGAUCAGCGAGGCUGGAAACAUUAUCAGGUUGUGGGUCAGGCUCCCUUCCAAUGAGUGAGAAUUGGUCUGAGUGGGAGGGGGCGGUAUGUGAGGCGUGGGUGGAGAGGUGGCAUGUGACUCUGAAGCCAUCUGUGCCCAGACAUGUCCCAGGGCCACACAUUCAUUGGAGCUUGCCAAAUAUAGAAGCAGUGGAGGUGCUCCCUUUCCUAGCAUCCCCAUUUCCUUUUUGGGGGGAAGCUCUUCUCAUGUCAAUUUUUUUCCUGUUUUUCUUUAUCUUUAUUCUUUUCUUAAAAAAAAAAAAAAGUUGAACUCUUGGCUUAGACUCUAGAGAAAAAUAACACAACAGAUAUGUCUUCCUGGAAGCAAGAGUCUGGGACUCACUAUUGGGAGCGACUUGAAAGGCCACAUGCAGUGCCUGCCCUAUCCUCUUUCAUUUGGGUGGGCCCAGACAUGAUGGCUCUUUACUCCUUGUUUCUGGGAGCAUUAGGACUUCUAUACAUCCAGAGACAGGCCUUCAUCAUAUAUUCCAGGAUUUCCCCAUCAAUUAAAGAGGCCAUUUUUGGUUGUUCUUUCCCUUUGCUGUUUUCAUUAUAUCUUAUGGGCCAAACUAUUCACAAAAGUAAAAUCUGGGAUCAUUUUUGAGCUCCUUGGUCAUGCCUAAUGUAGUGUUACAUGCUAAAAAUACGUGUUGACUUUUGUCCCAUUAUAGUUUUAAACUUUGUGCAUGCCUGUAUGCAUGUUUGUACCCAUGUGUGUGUAUUCCUGGAUUUCUGGUGGGGAAGGUUAAGUCUGUAUCUUCUUUUCUCACUGGGAUGGGGUCCUAGUUUUAGAACUCUGUAGUGCUUAUGUGUAGACACUGAGGAGAACUGAUUCCCACCAAAGGCAGAGUUUCAUUUUUCCCAUUCUAAACUUCAGAAAGGAGCCUUUUUUAUGACCAAAUAUUUCAUUCUUUAGUAAUAAGGUAGAAAAGGGGAAAGCUUGAGUUUGUUCCACUUAUUGGUGACCUUUAGAGGUCUCCAUUCAGAAUUUAGCAUGUGGGCCACUCCCAUUGGACCCUCUGCUCGAUUUCAAAGUUGACCCCACAGUUUGAGAAGUGGGGAAAUUGUCCACUUGAGGCUAUCAAACCUCAGAUUUCACAGAGGAAAAUUGUUAAAUCAGUUUAGCUCUAGACCCCCCAGAAUUAGAUUAUCACACUAGCAUAUUGCUGUUUUAAAGAGUAGGAUGUACACAUUUUAGUCUUAACUAUAAUAAAUGUUGUUUGAACAAAAAAAUUCAAUUUUUAUUAAAAUUUUUCAUUUUUACCUGAUCUAGAUUUCCCUUAUAUCGCCUUUCCAAAAAGUUAUCCCUUAUAACAAAGAAAAAAGAAGAAAGGCAAAAAAAAAAAAAAAAAAAUCAGCAAAACCAAUCAAAGCAUAAAAAAAAAGGAAAAAAAAAAAAAAGGAAAAAAAACCCAAACCUGACAUCAUGUGCAAUGUUCCCCACUCUUAGAUUUCUUGUGAAGGAUUAUUUAUACUUGUUGAUGGUGAAUUGGUUAAUUAUAACUACUACAUUUGUUCCUUAGUUUCCUCAUCUAUAAAAUGAACUGGAAAAGGAAAUGGCAAACUGUCCAGUAUCUCUGUCAAGAAAACCCCAAAUGGGGUCAUGAGUUGGAUAGGACUGAAACUACUGAACAUCCAUAACAGCAACAAAAAGACUUUUCAAGCUACUAAAUGAAGAAUUGAAGUACAUCAAAUCUGGUUCCUUAGGAAAAUGCUGACAAGUAUCAAGAAGGAUGUGGACAAGAAAAGUUCAAGCAUUUGGUCCUUAGGAACUUGUUAGCAAUCUAGAGAAGUGCUUCAGUAAAGCAAUGCUGGGGAGGAAAUUAGUAAUAGGAGGUUAAGGAGUGGAGGGGAUUAACUUUUCUUUAUCCACAGAUAUGCUAAGCAAAUCGUGUAUGAUAUUCUUCAAGACAUUGGGAGGAAAAUGUGAAACAAUUGGAUCAAGGAGCAAAGAUUAUAAUGAGGCACUCUCUGAAAGACCUCCUUCCAGUUUGACAUUUGUUCAUUAACUAUGAUAUUUGGGAUUAUUCACUUAGUUCCAUGUCCACUUAGCUACUGUCAUCAAGUUUACAUCUCCAUCUAGUUCACAAGGAUAUUAUAGGAUAAUUUGUCAAAUGCUUUGCUCAAAUCAUAGUGUAUAAAAUCAUUACACUUGUAUCUCUUUAUCUUGUCUGCAAGGACAUCUCUAGAGAAUUUGUUAAAUGCUUUGCUGAAAUCUAGGUAUAUUGAAUCUAUAGCAUUUUCUCUGAUGUAUUAGUCCAAAUAAAGUUAUAUACUUGGGUGUUCCUUAUCCCAAUUUCCACUAAUACCAGUAGAUUGGUUACAUAGAAUGUUACAUUUCUCAAGAGGAAGAGAACAUUGUAUAUAGUAACAAGAUUAUGUGAUGAUCAACUGUGAUGGACUUAAUUUUUUUCAACAAUGAGGUAAUAUAUGGCAAUUCUGAUAGAUUUGUGAUAGAAGGUGCCAUCUAAGUCCAGAGAGAAAUGUGGAGACUGAAUAUGGAUCAAACAUAAUAUUUUCACCUUUUUUGUUGUUGGUUAUUUGCUUGUUUAUUUUCCUUUCUCAUGUUUUUCCAUUUUGGUCUAAUUUUUCUUGUGCAGCAUGACAAAUGGAAAUAUGUUUAGGUGAAUUGUACAUGUUUAACCUAUAUUGGAUUGCUUGAUGUCUUGGGGAAAAGGGAUGGAGGGAGGGGAGAGAGGGAGGGAAAGAGGGAGGUAGAUAGAGAGGGUGGGAAGGAAAGAGGGAAGGAGAGAGGGAGGGAAACAGGGAGGGAAACAGGGAGGGGGAGAGGGAGAGGGGUGGAAAAGGAGAAAAAGAACACAAGGUUUGGCGAAAGUGAAUGUUAAAAACGAUCUUUGCAUGUAUUUGGAAAAAAUAAAAUGCUAUUAAAAAAAAAAGAAA